GCUUCCAACACUGGCCUUUGCUCUUGCUUCUUCAAACCCUAGCUAGCUUGCUAGCGUUCUCUUCCCUUCCAACUCCACAAUGAAGCUCGUCAGGUUUUUGAUGAAGCUGAACAAUGAGACCGUCUCAAUUGAACUGAAGAACGGAACUGUUGUUCACGGAACCAUCACAGGUGUUGAUAUCAGCAUGAACACUCAUCUGAAAACAGUGAAAUUAACAGUGAAAGGGAAAAAUCCAGUAACUUUGGAUCAUCUCAGUGUGAGGGGCAACAACAUUCGUUAUUACAUCCUUCCUGACAGCUUGAAUCUUGAGACUUUGCUGAUCGAGGAGACACCUAAGGUCAAACCUAAGAAGCCAACAGCUGGGAGGCCUCUGGGUCGUGGUAGAGGCCGAGGCCGUGGACGUGGCCGCGGCCGCUAAUGAUGUCUUGCUUGCUUAAAUUUUUGCAGCGUCUGGCUAUGUAAACACCUAUGUUGUAGCAAGAAUCUGCUGGUAAAGUCAGGAACAGUAAGAGAAUGCUACUGCAUUAUUUUGCUGUUUGCCAUAUGGAAGCAAAUUGCAGGACUCGAGUUUGUCUGUCGGUGAAUCCUUUUCAAAUUCAACC